UCUUGACACAUGUCUUGUGAAUCAUGGUAACAACAAAUUCGCCAUUCUGUUUCCCGACACUGACAAUUGGAUACGUACGCGAUGAUGGCAGAAACAUGUCAGCAAAAGCAUCCCGAUUCAGCUGCAGCAUGAAGCCUCGGUUGCUCCAUCAAAACAUUAUCCUAACGUUCAUGGAGAAACAGCUCGUCUUCACGACUUCACCGCGUCCUAUAAGUUUGUUUCCUCCUACGGUUCUUGCUCACCAUCAAACAGUGAGCUACGCUUCAGAGUUCAGCUCAGCCAUGGCGAUCGCAGCAGUGCUAUCGCAACCGUGGAGCUUGGUUUUCUCACUGGGGGCAAUCGUGGCCCUGUGGUGGGCCUGGCGGGUGCUUGAGUUGGCCUGGAUCAACCCGCGGAGGCUGGGCCUAGCCCUGCAGGCCCAGGGCCUACGCGGCACCGCGUACCGCUUCCCGUUCGGCGAUCUGAAGGAGUUCGCGCGGCUGGUUGCAGUUGCCCGCUCCAAGCCCAUCAUGCCGCCGUCCCACAGUAUCACGCCACGCGUGGCUCCUCUGUACCACAACGUGAUCAAGGAACACGGGAAGAUUUCAGUGACCUGGUUCGGGCCGAUGCCGCGGGUGAUCGUGAACGACCCUAAACUGGUGCGAGAGAUACUGUCCAACAAGUUUGGGCAUUUCCGGAAACGCAAGUUCACUAACGGCAUCGUGAGGCGGCUGGCCAACGGGCUCGUCAGCCACGACGGCGAGAAAUGGGCCACUCACCGGAGGAUAAUUAACCCCGCAUUCCAUGUCGAGAAACUCAAGAAAAUGUGGCCAGCUUUCGUUGCCUGUUGCAACGAGCUGGUAACCAGGUGGGAGGAACGCGUGGGAACUGACGAGGUGAGGGAGAUAGAUGUCUGGCCGGAGUUUCAGAACCUCACAGGCGACGUGAUCUCGCGUGCGGCCUUCGGCAGUAGCUUCAGCGAGGGGAGAAGGAUUUUCCAGAUUCAGUCAGAGCAGGCCCAAAAUGUAGUCAGGAUGGUCAACACUCUCUACCUCCCAGGUUUCAGAUUCCUGCCGACAAAGCUCAACAGAAGGGUGAAAGCAAACGCGUGCGAGGUGGAAACGCUGCUGAAAGGCAUAAUCCGCAAGAGGGAGAAGGCCAUGGAAGCAGGCAGUGCCAGCAACGAAGAUCUGCUAGGCGUGCUGAUGGAGUGCAACAUCGCGGAGAGCAAAGAGGCCGGGAACUCCAAGCCUGUCAUGACCAUGGACGACAUCAUCGGGGAGCUCAAGCUCUUCUACUUCGCCGGGAUGGACACCACCGCGGUGCUGCUCACCUGGACAAUGGUCGCGCUGAGCAUGCACCCCGAGUGGCAGGACCGCGCCAGGGAGGAGGUCCUGUACGUCUUCGGGGAGAAGAACCAGCCGGACUUCGACGGGAUAAACCAAUUGAAAGUUGUGGGCAUGAUACUGUACGAGGUUCUGAGGCUGUACCCGCCGGUGAUACAGUUCGAUCGGCAGACGUACAAGGAGAUCGAGCUGGGUGGUAUCAAGUACCCGCCUGGGGUGAUCCUGUCGCUGCCGAUCGUGUUCCUUCACCAUGACAAGGAUGUAUGGGGAGAAGACGCCGACGAGUUCAGGCCGGAGAGGUUCGCGGAGGGCAUCUCCAAGGCGUCCAGGAACUCGCCGGCCUUCUUCCCCUUCGGCUGGGGCCCGAGGAUAUGCGUCGGCCAGAACUUCGCGCUGAUCGAGGCCAAGAUGGCGCUGAGCAAGAUACUGCAGCGCUUCUCGUUCGGGUUGUCGCCGUCCUACAUGCACGCGCCGUUCCCGGUCUCCACUCUGCAGCCUGAUCAUGGCGCACAGAUCAUGCUGAAAAAACUCUAGCCAAGUAUAUUUCCAUUUUUAUUUCCGGUUUCUCUAAUUCUCGGUUGGUCGAAUUUGUAAGUCUCGACUGCCUAAAACUGCCCACUAGUGAGCCUAAAGUUGAGUCAGAAAAAUGUGCACGUCCAAAGCGGCAUGCUCGUCGUUCCUUGCAACCCCAACCAAAACUGCUGGUUCUUUUUUUUUUU